CCAAACCGGCCGCAAUCUCGACUCAACACCUCCUGGCGAUGCCAAGCGACACCAAGCCGCUACGGUCCGCGCACGCACAAGAAAGUGUGGCCGACGCGGUCGUCGUUGCGGUGCCAGCAGUGCCCGCGACGCUGCCAGCCGUCGUCACCUUCGACGUGCAAGCCACCGAUGAGAACCUGGGCAAAUGGCGCGGCGGCAACCUGUGCGACUGCUGCCUCGACUGCGCCGUCUGCUGCUCUGUCAUGUACUGCCCGUUUGUCGGCGUGGCGCAGCUGGCGCAGCGGUACUCGCCGAUGCGCGGCGGCGAGAAGGUCCAAAAGUGCAAGGUGAUCGCCGUGAUCCUCUUCGUGCUGUUUGUGUGCACCAGCAUCUUCAGCAAGAUCUACUGGGAGAACUACAUCGCUGCCAUUCAAGAGUUCAUGCAGUCCGAGCACGAGAUCCGCGGCUUCUACGUCGGCCCGACCUACGAGGACUCUCCAGCAACUUCCAGCCGAAAGAACACGCGCUCUGGCCCUACAAAGCGCUCGCGGGUGCCUUCUCCGCCGCCUU